CACACCAAUAUAUCAGCGGGUACGGGCAGGGCAGGCUGCACCAGCCCCCUCUCAGAUAUGUGAUGUUUCACUCGUAAAGCAAAUGAUAACUCCUUACACAGUUGCUUUUCAGGUUUGGUUUCGUGCUGGCAGUCAAAUGUGACCAUUUCCCAUUUCCACGACAGUCCCUUCCUAAAGGCUUUCAUCACAGACAUUUUUUGCGCUCUCUAAAGCAGAAGACCACCGACCCCCAUAUGUGACCACCACCACCAUGCACUCCAGGAUCCGCCGCAGCAGCCGAGCCGUGCCGUACCGGGGGUAAUGUAACAGGCUUUGGCCAUCCGGGAGAAACUUUCUCCCCCGGCGUGUGCACGGUGAACUGUGGCCGCUGCUGUGUUGUGGGGCUUUGCGCGCCGUCUUUCAAUUUGUUUCUACGUGGGUGAGCAGUGUGUGGCACCUCCCCGUUCCUCCCUCGGCCGUCCACAGAUCUGGUUAUAGGCUACCCCCUUUACCUUGCAGGCAGCACCAUGCAUUUCUGCUCCGGCUCCUGGCUCCUAUAGCUAAGGAGGGUCCUCAGGUUUCUGCACGCCCGCCCCCCACCCACCACCACCACCACCUCCUCCUCCUCAUCCCCACCCUCCCUUCCCCUUGUCUUGGUUUGGACUUCGGACCCGUGCGUCAUGCCGAGACACCUGAAGCGCACCCCGGUCCCGUUGCAGGACCGCAUGGUUCCUCUGUAACUGGAUCUACUUUAUUUUGUUUUUGAUUUGGAGAGGGGGCAUGCUCUCAUCGCCUCUGGAGAACACUUGCAAAGACGAAAAGAAAGUGAGCACACAGGAGUAAUCCGCGAAAGAAGAAGAAGGAGGGGAGAAAGCGUUAGAGACAGUACUUGUAGAUGUUUGAUCAGGCCACGAGUAUGGGCGAUGGGAACCACCAUUGUGGCCCCAACCCGCUGUGUCCGGACCGGAUGGACUCAAAGUGCCGAGCCGAGAUAGGGAGCCGGUCCCCGGUUCAGAGCACCACCGACACCCCGGGGACAUCAGCCUCCACCCCGACGUCCUCCAGCGAAGACGGACACGAGAAACUUUUAGGAGUGGACCCUGACUACUGUCGGAGGAUUUUAGUAAGGGAUGCCAAGGGCACCAUCCGGGAGAUCGUCCUACCCAAGGGGCUCGACCUCGACAGGCCCAAGCGCACGCGGACCUCCUUCACGGCCGAGCAGCUCUACCGGCUCGAGCUCGAGUUCCAGCGGUGCCAGUACGUCGUGGGCCGCGAGCGCACCGAGCUGGCCAGGCAGCUGAAUCUCUCCGAAACACAGGUGAAGGUCUGGUUCCAAAACCGCCGCACCAAGCAGAAGAAGGACACAACCAAGGACUCGGACAAGCGCUCCUCCUCCACGUCCGAGUCGCUGGCCACCUGCAACAUCCUGCGCCUCCUGGAGCAGGGGCGCCUCCUGUCGGGCCCCGCCCCGCCGCCCAACUCCCUCCUGGGCCCUCCGCCUCACUCGGUGAACGGCUCCCUGCUGGGCAGCCCGGGCGGCGGCUCCUCCUCCUCCCCGGGGAUCAGCAGCAGCACCCCUCCCAGCUCCUUACCCGGGGGGACUUUCGGGCUGUCGCUGCCCUCGUUGGGGGGCACCCCGCCCUCGCCCCGGCUGGGCGUCCCGCCGCCGCACUCCCUCUGCUUCUCCAUGCCGCUGCUGGGGGGCGCGCACCACGAACUGACGACCACCUACGGCUGCGGCUCCUCGGCCUUCGAGCCGUACAUGCGGCUGGACAGGAAGGAGGCAGACCUGGGAGGGAAGAAGACUGUCUCUUAAAUAAUAUGCCCCGCCCCUUUAAGGAGGCGAGGGGACUGGUACUGUGGUUUGUAAGAGCUUUGCCCCUCAGUCUCUCACCCGCCUGUUUAACUCUUAACCAGUUGCUGAGGCUGCAGACGGGGAGAGGAGAGCACCCUGGAUCGUGUGAAAUGUGAAAAACGACAAGGAAGAGAUGAGCGGUAUUCCUUCGCAAUGCCAUUUUGUGUCCCUGCACUCUGUUUGGCACACUCCAGCAGCUGGCACAAAAUGGUGAAUGGACACGAUGUGGUGGAGAGUGAUGAUGUCACUCUUGCACACUAAAAAAUCAAAAAAAAAAAAGAAAAAAAAAGAAAAAAAAAAGAAAAAACCUUGCUUGUGAAUUUUUGCAAAAUGACGUGUGUGUAUGUUGCGUGAACUCUGAAAGACAGGAAUUUUUGUCGCCGCUCUGUCUCUUUGCGGUGAUUUAAAUGACUCUUCACUUUGUCCAGUGAGUUUGUGGGCGUGUUUUCUUUCUCUCUAUAUAUAGGCCUUCAUUUACUGUUCAGGAAAAGAAAAAAAAAAAAAACUUGACAUGUUUAGUUCAGACCGAGUCAGUGUGUAGUUUUGCUGUCUGAUUGACAAAGAGUGGUAUUUCAAAGAGAGCAGUUGUACACAUUUCAAUACAUAUUUCCGUACAAGUGACCAUGUUCUCUUUUAGUUUAUGUGCUGUCACAAUAUGGAAGAAACACUGAGAAAAAAAAAAAACUGAAUGAAUCGUAGCAUUCUAAUAUCAGUCUGUAUAGUGUCCAGCAGUAUUUUUUUGUAAAUUCUUAUUUUGGUUGUGUUUGUGUAUGUGAUAGGAUCUGGACAAAUGGUGCAAAAAAAAAAAGAAAAAAAAAGAAAAAAAAAAGAAGGUGUUUCGGGAUUCCAUGGUUUGAUAUGAAGUAGAAAACGCGAAGGAAAAGAGACACUGUUUUUGUGAGAAACUGGUUCGACCCGUCCAUGCCAAAGCAUUUUUCGGAUUAGGCGGUGCUUUGGCGUCGCCACGCUCACGCCCUCCAAGCAAUGAAGCAAAUCAAGGUCAGUCUGAGAGAUGACCUUUGAACCCAUAUUCACUUUUUAAUCUUUUAUUCACCGGUGUCACAGUCAUACAAUUGUCUCAUUCACUAAAUCGCAUUCCCAGAUUGUCACAAAAGAAGAAUAAGCACAGUCUUUAUUUACAGAACCAAAUUUCCAGAUACAGAAAAUGAUGGAGGGUGUCAGUCAGUGCAAUUGGCUUUUUUUUUUUUUUCCACUCAAUAAUCGAUCCAUAAGAAACCGAUUGAGGAUCCUUGUUUGUCACUUUGGUUGGGACAUACAUAGUGUUACAGCUAGAUCACAACACCAGGUAGGAUUUGCUGCUGUUUCACCAAAUAUUAUUUUGUAAGAUAUGUUUUUUUUUUUUAAAGGUGCACUAUGCAGAACGGCGGAGGGGAGGGGGGGGGGGGGCAAUGUAAGUGAGGACUGUAAAGACUUUAUUUAUUCCAUCUUUUUUUUUUUUUUUUUGUAAGUUGAGUCUAAUCCAUCCUCGCCUCGUUCGACCCUCAGCGAUUUUGCAGAUCGCACCUUUAAUGUUUUGUCAUGUAUUAUAGUUUUGCAACAAGACCACAACAACAGCUUUGCCAGGUGCUGUUUUAACCGAUCACGCCUCAUCUCUAGUCAGAAGGAAAGCUUCAUAUUUGUCUUUUACACAGGAAACUGUUAUGCACAUGCUUAGGAUGCGACACGCGGCAGGUUUGUCGUGAGCUAAUAAGCUUCGUUCAAGAUGUUUAUGGGUUGUUUUUUUUUUUUCUGAAAUUGGUACUUGUUUCGCCGCUUGCUCUGUACUCCCUGUUUCGAUGUUUAACGAUGACAUUCGGCUAGUCAUCCCGUUAGACUUUCCCGCCGCCCGUUUGAAAUUAGACGAUUCCUUUAAUUUUCCUUGGUUGAAAGCACUUUAUGUUUGUAGGCUCUUCCACGUCCCUUCCUCGAUUUUGAGAGCGGUUUGUUUACUGUAGAUCCCUGCUGACCCCCAGUCUGGAAACUUCCCAGCUUUGACAUUUUAGUGAAAAUCAAAUAGGAGACCUUGGUGGUAGCAACCAGGGUUUGGGAUUAGUUUGCUGACGGGUGAAUCAAUUCAGGAAGUGGGUUUUCUUCAAAAUUCAAGCACUGAAAAAAAAAACAAAAAAAACAUUUGUACUGCCUCUUAAAUAACUGAGAAUGAACACUCUAGGAACGCUGUAUUAUUUUCAAAGGAACUGCAAUUGUCUUUCAAUAACAUUCUGAAUUGAUUGAUUUGAAAUUGACUUGACUCCCGCCACUGGAGCAGCCCUCGUUCGGACUUUACACUGGAGGUUUCGAUUGAGAAGAAGUUUGGAAGAUGAAAUAUGUAUUUAGCCUCCGCUAAAAACUGCCAGUGUUUUCAGGCUUCCAGCACUGUUUCUGUGUCCAAAGCGAAUCAAAUCUCACCUGUGAUUACCUGCGAUUUGGAGCAGUUUGCCCUCAAUUUGUGCAGGUCAGCCGAGCUGCCACGGCUAUUUCAUAUACCUGUAUUUAACCUGUUCAUAACCUGUAUUUCCUCUCUUUAUGGCACUUCUCAUUUCUCGCUUUUUUUUUCUUUCUUAUUUUAUGUAUCUAUUCAUUUCUACGUUUCAUCUCAUUGCGGGGAUUGUACGUUUCCUGGUUCCCUUCUCUCACCCUCUGAAAAGGUGAUAUGACACCUAUAAAAAAAGGCCAUUUCCGUGACAUUAAAAUAAUAAUAAUAAAAAAAAGCUCUUAGUUUCUUACAAGGCCAAGGUACAUUUAAGCAGCUCGGCGUAUUUCCAGCUGCAAAUAAACCUCUCGCGGUGUGUAUGAAAAGGUUUUGAACUAAACCGUGACCCCCGCCUCUGAAAACUCCCAGUCUGCUGCAGCGUCGGCUCCUUGGUCCUUUUUACACCCAUGUAGUGCAAGCUGGUAGCUGGUGAUUUGUUAUUGUGUUCAGACCCCAGCGGUGCUGCAAAAACCCCUGUUAUCUCUCUCAGCUCUUUGCAGCGGUACACCUCUGCUGUUGUUGAACACUGUAUUAUUUUCUAUAAGCACCAUCCAUAAUUCACACGCCCCGGCAUCAAAUAUUGAGGAGAGAGAUGGAGCUGAGAGGUCAGGAGGCUUGCCUCACAUGUUAGGCCGCUGUUCUCGCUCGCAGAUCCCUUUUUUUACUCAAGGUCUUUCCUCACAACGGUGCUGUUGAGUUUCGCAGAACCUCGCCCGAGUCGCUCCCCUGCUGUGUGAUCCGACGACUUCACUCCGCUCCCUGAAAGACUUAAAACGCCGCCUCGCUUUGGAGUCUCUUUCCCAGAGUCUUACCGCUUUUGUGGAAGCUUUCAGCAUUGAUGACAGUCCGCGCGUAUCCAGGUGUCAGCUCCGAUUCAAGAUGGCAGAUGAGUUGUUUACGUGUCCGUCGCCGACAUCAAAGAAAACGCCACGGUCGAGGAAAAUUAGGUUUCGAAUUAAAAAGUUGCCUCGAAUGGAAGGCUGCUGACUUCAAAAUAAUUUUCUCAGUCGUUAUGGCAUGGCAUUAAUAUACUAGCAUAUUGGAAAAGAUAUUUUUAAAGGAGCAGUUCACCCAAAAUGCACAAAAAAGAUUUUCCUACGUGCUCCUGAUACACUGUUCAUCCAAAUAGUUUCUGUGUGAUUUGGUGAGGUUUCCAGUUUUUGUUUGCCUCAAUGCAAAGAAGCUAAUAGCUAUAUGUCAAAAAUUUACAUUUGGAAAAACUCGUAGGAGACGGUUCUUCCCAACAAACAAUGACUUGUAGAUGCAACAUUUUUGGAGUUUGGGUGAACUGCGCCUUUUCAGUUUUGAAGGUUACAAACAACAUCUGCACUCCCCUAAUGUGCAGCACUGACUCCUCACCCUGCGACUGUACAGUCGUGCAUUUUGUAACGCAAGUCUGCAGCUAUUUUACGCUCAUUCACAAUGUAGCUUCACAGGCAGCAGCGCAGUGCUAUAAAUGCCGCUACUAGUUGAAUGAUUUUGCUUCAGGAAGACAUUAAUGGGAAGGAGAUGCCACUUCUGUUCAAGGCACGUGAGCGCAAAAGGAGGAAAAAAGAAAAGAAAAGAAAAGAAAAAACCCUCUGUAAAGCCGCGCAUCAAUGAAAUGAAAGCCUUUUUUGUUUUCCCUUUUUUGGUCGACGGUGGUUCUGCUUCCUUUAGCUUCCUUUCAGGCGUUUUCUUCUCACUCUACCUGUGUAGAUGUAUUUCUUUUGUUAACGUGCAAUCUGUGACAUCUUGCACUUGUGUAGGCUAUUCACCGUCUCGAAGUCUCCGUCCUGUGUCAGAGACGUUAACCGGGGAAGAGCCUUCAAAUAGCUCUUCCACUUACUCUCCCUGUGAACAGUGCUACUGUAACAUGAUUUUGUUGAUGGGUAAAGUCCUUUGAGAUUGUGUGGAAAAUGUUCCUUUAUGUUGAAAUGAACUGAAUCUGUGUGGUUUACCUUUUUUUUAUUUUUAUUUUUUAUUUUAUUUUUAUUAUUUUUUUGAUGCACAGCCAAGGUCCUGCAUAGGCCAUAACUUCUUUUUUUCUUUGAGCAGUAAAGUUGUAUGUUAAUUAAUGUCAAGCUAAUGGCACCAGCUACUACUUAUGAUGAACAAACUCUAUGUACAUAAAUAUAAAUUUAUAUAUAUGGGUCUUUGCACAGAUAUCUCCAUGUCCGUUCCAUGUGAUUUUAACAGGAAAAACAAAAUGAGAAAGAAAGAAGGUUCAGAAAAAGACUUUAUAUAUGCUUUACAAUUCUUUGUCUCAUUAACAUUUGCACUUAUUUAAAGAGGCUUUCUUCUGUUUCUGGUCUGAAAGAGCUGUUUUCGCGCUCGGCCAAGAUAUUGUACAAUAUGUAUAUGUAUUUUUAUUCAUAUGCAUAUAAAUAUAUGUCUAUGUAAUUU